AUGAAGACGGAUAACGGAGUGCAGACGGCUGGUUUCAGCGGGAGGAAGCAGAGUCUGAUCGAGGAUGCUCGCAGGGAACGCAGCAGCGGCUCGGCGGGCUCCCCGGGGCCCCCGGGGCCCUCCCGGUACGGAGACAGCUUCGUGUUCGACGAGAAGGACGGCAGGGUGACUCUGAACGUCCUGUUCUCUCUCAGCAAUGAGAAAAACGCUGGAUUCUUCAAAACUGGGAAAAUAUUUGAGACGUUUGAAGCGAAACUUCUCCACAUCGAAAGCCGACCGGGGAGGAAGUCAAAGAACACGACAGACCUGGAGCUGUUCAUGAAGUGUGAAGUUCACAGCUCUGACCUGGACGCUUUCAUCAACUCACUGAAGAGAGUGGUGGACGAAGUUCGCUCCAUACCAGAGGAAAAAGUUCCAUGGUUUCCCCAACAGAUAAAAGAUCUCGACAGAUGCAACAUGUUAAUAACCAAAUUUGAUCCGGACAUGGACCAGGACCAUCCAGGAUACAGCGAUUCAGAAUACAGAAAAAGACGGGCUUUCAUAUGUGAGCUAGCCUCCACUUACAAACAGGGAGACCCGUUGCCCAUUGUUGAAUACACAGCAGAGGAAGUAUUCACAUGGAGGGAGGUUUACCGGCAACUGCGGAGUAUUUACAACGGUCUGGCCUGCAGGCAGUUCAUGGACGGGCUGCAGCAGCUGGAGGAAGAGUGUGGCUACGGAGAGGACCGCAUCCCUCAGCUUAGAGAGGUCUCUGCCUUCCUGAAAGAGAAAACUGGUUUCCAGCUGCGUCCAGUAGCCGGCCUGCUGUCAGCCAGAGACUUUCUGACCAGUUUGGCCUUCCGGGUGUUUCAGUGCACACAGUACAUCCGUCACUCCUCAGCGCCCAUGCACUCCCCUGAGCCGGACUGCUGCCAUGAACUACUCGGCCAUAUUCCCAUGCUGGCAGAUAAAGAAUUCGCCCAGUUUUCACAGGAGAUUGGGCUUGCCUCGCUCGGAGCUUCAGAUGAGGACAUCCAGAAACUGUCAACGUUGUAUUGGUUCACUGUGGAGUUUGGCCUCUGCAAGCAGAACGGAACAGUGAAAGCUUACGGCGCCGGACUCCUGUCAUCUUAUGGAGAGCUUGUUUACGCUCUGUCUAAUGAGCCGGAGUACAAGCCGUUUAACCCGGAGGAGACAGCAGUGCAGCCGCACCAGGACCAAACAUACCAGCCUGUUUACUUUGUGUCUGAAAGCUUUGAGGAUGCAAAGACUAAGAUGAGGAGAUACUCUGCAACCAUCAAGCGCCCCUUUGCAGUUCGCUACGACCCCUUUACCUGCAGCGUGGAGGUUCUGGAUCAGCCCGGCAAGAUCCAAAACGCUCUGAGCCAGAUGAGAGAAGAACUGAAGACCCUUCACAGCGCCUUGGAGACAUUCAGCUCAUCUUAGGACCGGGAACAGAUUUUCUGCAGAGAGAGAAAAGGAUGAACAUUUCAACAUUGUAUAAGAGAUCUACUAAUACGAACACAAAGGCAAUCAAAAUGUAGUCAGGUUUGUGAGGUUCCACAUGGCUAAUUGUUUGUGUAUAAUUUAUUAUGUAAAAAGAAAUAAAUGUUUAUUUUCAUGAAA